AUGCACCGGACGGCAUCGGCGCCAUCGUUCGGGAGCCCACUACAUGAGGGCACGCUCUUCGUGGCCGAAGGCUCCCUGGUGGGGCCAGCAGCGUGGCAUCCGCUGCGUUUCGCGCAUAACGCAGAUGGCUCGAUUUCCUUUGCUUCCGCAGAGGGGGCGUCCUCCGAGACUGGAGAUCUUCCUGGAUUGCGACUGGAGGCAGCCCUUCACGGUGUCGCCGUGGAAGCCUCUGACAAGGCCCCAGAGGGAGGGUGGUUCAAGGUGGGAGGCUGGGACGGAAAUUGGGGAACCUUAGCGAGGCCUACCCUCCUCGACCCGCUCUGUAACGGCCGGCCGCUGUAUCCCUUCAGCAUCAGCUACUCGCCGCUCCAGGGACGGAAGCCUCCCAGAGGGCAAGCUUCAGCUCGGCGGACGCUGAUGCUCGCCGCAUCCAGCGCCGGGUCACGGAAGAGGGCCCUUUAUUACCAUGCUGACCUCCGGCCCGUGGCCCACUUGGCCUCCCUGCACGUGGCCUGCGUGCAAUGUGGGCCGGCAGCUGCAGAUUACAAGGCUGCGGAAGGCACCGUGGUGGUGCCCCUUCCCUUCUCCCGCCGCGUCUUCUGGUCUUCCUGGCUGGUGGCCCUCACCACAGGUGUAGCAGCAUUGCACCAGUGCUGGAUCUGUAGCUGCCUCUGCUUCCUGGUGCUGUUUGGCACAGUAAACUACUGGCGUGACCCUCGAAACGGUUGGCGGCGAAGAUGCGAUUUCUUCUUGGCGAACUUCGGGAUCGGGUGCCACCUCCUAUUGGCAGGGUGGCUGUGGUGCCUGGCGCCACUGGCGCAAAAGGCUGCGAUUUGGGCAGCCCCUGCCCGGCCACUGUUUCCAGGAGGGCCUUCGGUAGCUGUGAGCCCCUUGGGCUUUUGGCUCCUGUGGGGCCUUGCGCUGGUCUUGUAUCGGCGGGCCAGGGCCUGCGCGAAGCGGGCUGCCUACGACCAAGGGACGCGGUGGCACGUCGCCUUCCAUGUCGUUGGAAACCUGGCGAACAUUCUGCUCUAUCCAGCACUUCCUGCUGCCUGA